AGCCUCACAUACACACACCGAAGUGACGAGAACAGAACGAUAAAGAAACACGAAGUUGUGGCUGUGGUGAACAACGACGAAUUCAGAAUCGAAUCGAUUUUUAUUAAUUGAUCCAAACGCGCUUUUUUCUUCUACUUCCACUUUAGAUUCACAAAAAAGCGCUUCCGACUUUGUUCUUAAUUCUCUAUUGUCGGUGUUAAGGGUUUUCUUCACUUUCAAUGGCAGAUGUAGCCGAUAAAUUGGCGUAUUUCCAAGCGAUCACCGGUUUGGAAGACGUCGACCUCUGUACGGAGAUCCUCGCCGCUCACGGUUGGGACCUUGAACUCGCCAUCUCUUCUUUCACCACCACUACUUCUCACGCAACCACCGCCAACGGCGGCGGUGAUGAUGAUAAUAACAAUCUACAAUCGUCUUCUCAAUCGGAACCGCCGCUUCCUCCGCCACCUCCCGGAUUGGCUUGGAAGAUAAUCAAAUUGCCUGUAUCUGUGAUUUCCGGUAGUCUAGGGUUGAUUUCUGGUGCAGUUGGGUUGGGAUUAUGGGCGGCUGGUGGUGUUCUUUCGUAUUCGUUGGGCUUCAUGGGCUUGGGAUCGGGAUCGGGUUUGGGCUCGGGGACAUCGUCUUCGUCGGCGCAGGCUCCGUUGGUUUCUGUAUCGGCGGCGACUACUGAAGCGAUGGAUUUUGUUGCGGCUUUUGAGAGGGAUUAUGGAAUGGGGAGACCUAAUUUUGUGAGUGAGGGUUUCAUGGACGCGCUUCAGAGGUCGAGGAAUUCGUUUAAGUUGCUGUUUGUUUACUUGCAUUCUCCGGAUCAUCCUGAUACGCCUUUGUUUUGUCGGAGGACGCUUUGUUCGGAUGGGUUUGUUGAGUUUGUGAAUCAGAAUUUUGUAUGCUGGGGUGGGAGUAUUCGGGCUAGUGAAGGAUUUAAGAUGAGUAAUAGUUUGAAGGCUUCGAGGUUUCCUUUUUGUGCUCUUGUUAUGGCUGCAACUAAUCAGAGGAUUGCACUACUUCAACAGGUUGAAGGUCCAAAAUCCCCUGAGGAGAUGUUAGUGACACUUCAGAGAGUGCUUGAAGAAAGCUCCCCAGUUCUUGUUGCAGCAAGGCUUGAUGCAGAAGAAAGACGAAAUAAUGCACGCUUAAGGGAAGAGCAAGAUGCUGCAUACAGGGCUGCACUAGAAGCUGAUCAAGCUAGGGAACGUCAGAGAAGGGAAGAAGAAGAACGUCUUGCAAGGGAAGCUGCUGAAGCUGAGAGAAAGCUAAAGGAAGAAGAGGAGGCUCGUGAAAGAGCAGCACAAGAAGCCGCAGAGAAACAAGCAGCAUUAGCGAAAUUACGCGAAGAGAAAGCUCAGUCUCUUGGUGAAGAACCUGAAAAAGGACCGAAUGUUACACAGGUAUUGGUACGGUUUCCAAAUGGUGUACGCAAGGAAAGGAGGUUCAACAGCACAGUGACGAUUCAAUCAUUGUAUGACUAUGUGGAUUCAUUGGGUUGUUUAGAAGUCGAGAAUUACAGCCUAGUCUCUAAUUUUCCCCGGGUUGUUUAUGGACAAGAAAAGUUGGCACUGUCAUUAAAAGAAGCAGGAUUGCAUCCUCAGGCCAGCCUUUUUGUGGAACUCAGUUCAUGAGGAUAGGACUUGCCAAAUAAUCUUUUGAAUACGUGAAAAUGUGACCUGCAGAUAGGGGACUCUGGUUUUUCACUUGUCUGUUUUAAAAAAAUUUACUUGAUGAACUUUAUAAUGUUAGAUAUUAUAGAUAAUAGAUUACUGUGGUUACUGUAGUUUUUUGUUUCUCUUGUAUUCCAUUGAAUCAAGCAUAUAUAGCUUUACAUGGAGAUGGUUUAGUAUAAUA